GCUUUCGUCCUGGGGAACUUCGCCGCGUGUGCGGCCACGGAGCCGUUUCAGCGCUGGCCGCCGAAGGUCCUGGAAUACCUGCUGAAAAGCGAUCAGCUGACGGUGGCGUCGGAGGAAGAGACUCUCCUUUGGGUGGCCAAGUGGCGAUCAGCGAAACCCGGCCGCGAGGAGUCUGCGGUUGCUGUUCUCUCUUCCAUCCGCUGGCCGCUUCUCUCGCUGCCGAC